UGGUUGGUUCUAGGGUACUGUUCUGUACCCAUCCCAUCUGCAAACCGAAUUUCCGAUCGAUCCUCCCUUCCCUUCCCUUCCCUUCCCUUCCUCCUGCGCCGCCGCCGCCGCCUCUCAUCUUCGGUUCCAAUCCAAUCCAAGUGGCAAUUUCUUCGGGUUCAGCAAUGCCCAACGUUAGGUCCUCCCCUGUCGCAGAUCUUCCUGGAUGGCCAUUGUUUUCGCCUCCUAAGCUUCAGUUGCAAAAGUGUACCAAGUGUCCCAGGGAAUUUUGCUCCUCAAUCAACUACAGGCGCCAUACCCGUGUUCACCGCCGAACUCUCCAAAUUGAAAAGGAUUUCCUGAAGAACAGAGACAAUAUUGCUGCAUUCUGGGACAAACUUACGUUGGAUCAGGCCAAAACAAUUUUGUCCUUGGCAGAUGUGGAUAUAGAGGGUGUCACUGGUCCUUCCAUUUUAGCAGCACUGUCCACAUGGAUGUGUAAGCCGGGGUAUGCUUCAUUACCGCUGCCAUAUGCCAGAGCUGGCAAUCAACUUCUGGACCUAAUUGAAACAACAGCUUCAAGGUUACCUGUAUCAUCGAAUGAACUAUUUAGCAUGCUUGACGAAGCAAGUGAGAAUACGUUUCUCUCUACUAACCCAACCGCCUGUAUACAAAAGUUUAUAUUUAACGGGGAGGCUGACAAAGUUGCACCUGAGUUGAAAAAUGCUGUUGCAUGCACUAGUUAUAUGCUUGAACAAACACUGGUCGAAGCAUGGUCUGCUGAUAAGGCUGCUGAAGCAUUAAGAUGCCAGAAGUUGCUCGUGGAGGAAGAGGAAGCUGCUCAGAAAAGGCAAGCUGAACUGAUAGAAAGGAAACGGAUGAAGAAACUGAGGCAGAAAGAACAGAGAUUGAAAGACUUGAAGGAUGAGGAUGUCACAGACCGUUUUCCUGGAUCUGUGGAUGGGACAACAGAUUCUUCUGGAAUACUAAGUCUGAAGGAAGCCACUUCGGAUCCUGGCCUUUAUGAGCAAGAAGAUACACAGUUGCCAACGCCAGUGGCUUCGGAAGAUAAUAGUAGUUUUGCUGACCUACCUGUAGAACAUGACAUUCAUGAUCCAGGCCAUGAAGUGAAUCCAAGUGUUACUUUGAAUCAACAAGUCUUUUCAAGACAUCGUGUAGGAAGAACAGAAAACUUUGCCCAAAAUAGCUUUGCCUCUGGUGGUUCUGCAAUUGGUUCAAAGCAUCCAGCUUCAGUAAGGCAUUCACAUUACAGGGGUGCAAAUGCCGGUGCAGUGUCAAAUAGAAACAAAACAUGGACAUGGAAAGUGCGAACUGAGAUUGAAGAGCACAGCCCAAAAGAUGAGUUGAAUAUAGAUGAUGGGCAAGAGAUUGUUCUGAACAAGAAGUCUCGUGUAUUAAUAGGAUCCAUAAGUGUUGCCAUUGAAGACGGCAGCGAAUGCUUGGAGGAUAACCAAUAUUCCAAGGAAUACCCGACUCCUGCUUCUCAAUUGAAUAUUGGCAACCAUCCUGUAACGAAGGUGAUGCAGCCAUUUAACCAUGGAGAAGAGGGAAACGGAUACAAUGCUCAUAAUGAUGUUGAAGUUAGUAUUACUCCAACAGCACAGGAUCAUUCUUCAUCCGGCGUUAUGACAGAUGGAAACAAUUGUUCAAGCUGCUGCAAUGCAGGGUUGGCAGAGGGUGGAGGCUUACGAGGCGCCAUCUUUUCCAGUAAAGAAGCAGCUGCCUUCCUUUCUCAAAGAUGGAAGGAAGCAAUAAACGCAGAUCAUGUGAAGCUUGUCCUGUGCCCUGAAGGCUGAAGCAAGUAACGUGGGAUCCUGUUGAGCCGGCGAAGUAGCAAGGGUUGAGUCUGCAUCAUCAACCAAUCGGAGUUACUAGAACUAGUGAAGUUGGCAGAGGGGGGUUCCUGGCGUGUGGGCACUACUCCGUAGGAAAUGAAGUGAUGGCUUUUUGUUAGACGAGCAGGGAAUUAAGCUGCAUUUUAAUUUGGUUUGGAGUAGAUGACAGCCGGGGUUCAUGAACAUUGAAUUUAUUUGUUUAUAUAUACAGUUAUAGUUAUAUGAUAUGACAGCCGGUGCGUGCGUUAACAUUGGAUUCGUUGCAAACAUGGACAAGAUUAGUGAAUGUUGUGCUGGUUUUGGUUUUGGUUUUGGGUUGCAUGUAUGUAAUUGUAAUAUACUCCAUCAUAUCAUAUCAGGAGUAAAUGGGGUAUUUACUGCUCCCUCCGUUUCUUAUGUUUUUA